UCCGCGGCAGCGCCGCAAGAGGAGCCGGCAGCAGGGCCGGCUGCUUCCCUCCCUCCAUUCCCCCCCCUUUCUAACCCGCUCCUUCCUUAUCAGCAAUUCAGAUUGCAUGCAAAUCUGCGCGCUUUCUUACAGGGGCAAAGCGGAGGACCCAGCGCUUGGCCGCGGCUUCAGGGGAGCGAUAUCUCCUCCUCCUCCUCCUCCUCUCCUCCUCCUCUUGGGAUUUUCUUCCUUCUCCCCUCCCCUGCUCUCCCCUCCCCUCCUUCCCUCCCUCUCUUUCUUUCCUCCUUUUCACCUCCCCGAACAAAAGUAGCCCUUCUCUCCGCUCCAGCCCUGCUUGCGAGCGGCUUCGCUUUGUCUCCCCGCUCCGUCGGGGGGCCGGGGGCCGGGAGCGGGGCCCGCGGGCCAUGGCGGGGCGGGCAGCGGCGGCUUCCCGGCUGCUCCCGGUAUUCCCGGUGCUCCUGGUGCUGCUGGGUGGUGGUGGAUGGGCGACGUGCCCCGAACGGGAGCUGGAGCGGCGGGAGGAGGAAGCCAACGUGGUGUUGACGGGGACGGUGGAGGAGAUCAUGAACGUGGAUCCCGUCCAUCACACCUAUUCCUGCAAGGUGAGAGUGUGGCGCUACCUGAAAGGCAAAGACAUCGUCACUCACGAGAUCCUCUUGGAUGGAGGGAACAAGGUGGUUAUCGGUGGCUUUGGGGACCCUUUGAUCUGCGACAACCAGGUCUCGACCGGCGACACCAGGAUAUUCUUCGUCAACCCUGCCCCGCAGUACAUGUGGCCGGCGCACCGCAACGAGCUGAUGCUCAACUCCAGCCUCAUGCGCAUCACCCUGCGCAACCUGGAGGAGGUGGAGCACUGUGUGGAAGAACAUAGGAAGCUUCUUGCUGACAAGCCCAAUAGUUACUUUACUCAGACGCCGCCAACGCCACGCGAUGCGUGCCGAGGGAUGCUGUGCGGGUUCGGGGCCGUGUGCGAGAGGAGCCCCACCAACCCCUCUCAAGCCUCCUGUGUGUGCAAGAAGACCGCUUGUCCCAUGGUGGUGGCUCCUGUCUGCGGCUCCGACUAUUCCACCUACAGCAACGAGUGUGAGCUGGAGAAGGCCCAGUGCAACCAACAGAGGCGGAUCAAAGUCAUCAGCAAGGGACCGUGUGGCUCCAAGGACCCCUGCGCAGAGGUGACCUGCAGCUUCGGCAGCACGUGCGUGCGCUCCACCGACGGCCAGUCAGCCAAGUGCGUGUGCCCAUCGUCCUGCAGCGGCGUGCCCGAGAGCCCCGUGUGCGGCAGCGACGGCCGCGACUACCGCAGCGAGUGCCAGCUCAACAAGCACGCCUGCGACAAGCAGGAGAACGUCUUCAAGAGGUUCGAUGGCGCCUGCGACCCGUGUAAAGGCAUCCUCAACGACAUGAACCGUGUGUGCCGGGUGAACCCCCGUACCCGGCGGGUCGAGCUGCUCUCCCGCCCCGAGACCUGUCCCCCAAAGAAGGAGCUUGUGUGCGGUGACGACGGGGUGACCUACGACAACGAGUGCGUGAUGGGGCGCUCGGGGGCCAUCCGGGGGCUGGAGAUCCAGAAGGUGCGUUCAGGGCAGUGCCAGCAUCAGGACAAAUGCAAGGAUGAGUGCAAGUUCAACGCCGUGUGCUUGAACCGCCGCGGCACCGCGCGCUGCUCCUGCGACCGCAUCACCUGCGAUGGUACCUACCGGCCCGUGUGUGCCCGCGACAGCCGCACCUAUAGCAAUGACUGCGAGCGCCGCAAGGCAGAGUGCCACCAGAAGGCUGCCAUCCCAGUAAAGCACAGUGGACCCUGUGACCUGGGCACGCCGAGCCCGUGCCUGAGCGUGGAGUGCACCUUUGGGGCCACGUGCGUGGUGAAGAACCAGGAGGCUGUGUGCGAGUGCCAGCAAGUGUGCCAGGGCCGCUAUGACCCGGUGUGCGGCACCGACAACCGCACCUACGGCAACCCCUGCGAGCUCGACUCCAUGGCCUGUGUGCUCAAGAGGGAGAUCAAAGUGAAGCACAAGGGGCCCUGCGAGCGCUGCGGCAAGUGCCAGUUCGGAGCCAUCUGCGAGGCGGAGACGGGGCGCUGCGUGUGCCCCACCGAGUGCGUGCCCUCCUCGCAGCCCGUCUGCGGCACCGACGGCAACACCUACGGCAGCGAGUGCGAGCUCCACGUGCGCGCCUGCACCCAGCAGACCAACAUCCGGGUGGCAGCACAGGGAGACUGCAAGUCCUGUGGCAGCUCGCUGUGCUCCUUCGGCAGCCGCUGUGUCGGUGGGCAGUGCGUGUGCCCCCGCUGCGAGAGGCAGCCCCUGGCCCCUGUGUGCGGCACCGACGGCAUCACCUACCCCAACCAGUGCGAGCUGCGCGUGGCCUCCUGCCAGCACAAGAAGAGCAUCGAGGUUGCCCGGAUGGGGCCGUGUGAGGAUGAGUGCGGCUCGGGGGGCUCGGGCUCCGGCGAUGGGUCUGAGUGUGACCAGGACCGGUGCCGGCAGUAUGGGGGCUGGUGGGACGAGGAUGCAGAGGAUGACCGCUGUGUGUGUGACUUCACCUGCCUGGCAGUGCCACGCAACCCGGUUUGUGGCUCUGAUGGUGUGACCUACACCAACGAGUGUGAGCUGAAGAAGACACGGUGCGAGAAGCGCCAGGAUCUCUAUGUCACUAGCCAAGGAGCCUGUCGUGCCAUUGCCACAACCCCACCACCUCUCCUGGUUGUGCACUGCAGCCAGACCAUCUACGGAUGCUGCCCAGACAACAUGACCUUGGCGCUUGGAGUGGGUGCUGCUGGAUGCCCAAGUACCUGUCAAUGCAACCCCUAUGGCUCCUAUGGAGGAGCCUGUGACCCCACCACAGGGCAGUGCUCCUGCAAGCCCGGCGUGGGGGGCCUCAAGUGUGACCGCUGCGAGCCCGGCUUCUGGAACUUCCGUGGCAUCGUCACCGACAGCAAGAGCGGCUGCACCCCCUGUAACUGCGACCCGGUGGGUUCAGUGCGUGAUGACUGCGAGCAGAUGACUGGCCUGUGCUCCUGCAAGACUGGUAUCACUGGCAUGAAGUGCAACCAGUGUCCCAAUGGCAGCAAGCUGGGCAUGACUGGCUGUGAGAAAGACCCAUCAGCCCCCAAAUCCUGUGAGGAGAUGAACUGUGAGUUUGGGGCCUCCUGUGUGGAAGUCAAUGGCUUUGCCCACUGCGAGUGCCCAUCCCCGCUCUGCUUGGAUGCCAACAUGACCAAGGUGUGUGGUUCUGAUGGUGUCACCUAUGGGGACCAGUGCCAACUGAAGACCAUCGCCUGCCGGCAGGGACAAGUCAUCACAGUGAAACACGUGGGGCAGUGCCAUGAGUCCAUCACUCACACCAGCCACAUCCCACCGCCAACACCAUUGCCAACAGUGCCCUUGGACAAGUUGAUGCUCCCUCCACCCCUGCAGCUCACCACCCAGGCUCCGGAGCCCACCGAGCUGCCCACCAGCUCCCUGCUGUUGGAAGCCAAGCCUACUGAAAGAGGUCACCCUACAACGAGGCGAAUCACCACUGCCAGACCCGCCACCACCCCAUGGAUGACCCAUGGGGUGUAUAAGACCACUGUCCGCCCUCUUUCCACUGCACCAGUGGUCCUGGCCACCACCCAGCCUGCCUAUGUUGAAUCAGGCAGUGCAGAAGGCAGUGGAGACCAGGAGAUGGGUAUCAGUGGAGACCAGGAAUCGAGCGGGGCAGGCUCUGCCGGGGAGGAGGAGGUGGAGGAAAGCCAAGUAACUUCCACCCCAGGCAUCGAGAGGGCGACGUGCUACAACACCCCGCUGGGAUGCUGCUCGGAUGGCAAGACUGCGGCUGCAGAUGCUGAAGGCACCAACUGCCCGGCUACCAAAGUCUUCCAAGGAGUCCUCAUCUUGGAAGAGGUGGAAGGCCAGGAGCUGUUCUACACACCCGAGAUGGCUGAUCCCAAAUCAGAGCUCUUUGGGGAGACAGCGAGGAGCAUUGAGAGUGCGCUGGAUGAGCUUUUCCGCAAUUCCGAUGUUAAGAAGGACUUCAAGAGCAUCCGUGUCCGAGACCUGGGGCAGAGCAGCGCUGUCCGCGUCAUUGUGGAGGCCCACUUUGACCCAGCCACUUCCUACACGGCAGCGGAUGUCCAAGGGGCCUUGCUGAAGCAGAUCAAAGCUUCCAAGAAGACAACCAUCCUGGUGAAGAAGCCCCAACAGGAGCAUAUCAAAUUCAUGGACUUUGACUGGAUCCCCCGGCUCUUCACCACCACCGUCACCACCACCACGGCCACCACCAUGGCACCCGCCACCACCCGCCGGUACACCACGGCCGCCGCUGCCACCACAGUCCAUUUCCUGCGCCAGGACACCAUGGGUAGACCCAGCACCAAGAUGUCAGGAGCUAUGAGCACCAGGAGACCUGCAUCCACCCUACCGGCCACCACGCGUCGGAAGCCCACGCGCCAGCCCCCUACCACGAAGAAGCCCUCACGUCCCUGUGACUCUCACCCCUGUUUGCAUGGUGGCACCUGUGAGGAUGAUGGGAAGGAGUUCACCUGUAGCUGCCCGGCUGGCAAAGGGGGAGCUGUGUGUGAGAAACCUAUCAGGUACUUCAUCCCCAGCUUCGGUGGCAAGUCCUACCUGGCCUUCAAGAUGAUGAAGGCGUACCACACCGUGCGCAUCGCCAUGGAGUUCAGGACCCUGGAGCUCAGCGGGCUCCUGCUCUACAAUGGCCAGAACCGUGGCAAAGACUUCAUCUCCCUGGCAUUGGUUGGCGGCUUCGUGGAGCUCAGGUUUAACACUGGCUCCGGCACUGGCAUCAUCACCAGCAAGGUCCGUGUGGAGCCUGGCAAGUGGCACCAGUUGGUGGUGAACCGGAACCGGCGCAGUGGGGUGCUGUCAGUGGAUGGGGAGCCCCACGUCAGUGGGGAAAGCCCCACAGGCACCGAUGGGCUCAACCUCGACACGGACCUCUUCAUCGGGGGAGCACCUGAGGACCAAAUGGCUGUGGUGGCAGAUCGGACCACAGCCACCACCGGCCUGAAGGGCUGCAUCCGCCUCCUGGAUGUGAACAACCAGAUGUACGACCUGCGGGAGAAAGGCAGUGAUGUGCUCUAUGGCAGCGGGGUGGGCGAGUGUGGCAACGACCCCUGCCACCCCAACCCCUGCCACCACAGCGGCAUCUGCCACGUCAAGGAGGCUGAGAUGUUCCACUGCGAGUGCCUCCACACCUACACUGGUCCAACCUGUGCUGACGAGAGGAACCCCUGUGACCCUACCCCCUGCCACGUCUCUGCCACCUGCCUGGUGCUGCCGGAGGGAGGUGCCCUGUGUGCCUGCCCCAUGGGCCGGGAAGGAGACUUCUGCGAGCGAGUGACAGAGCAGGACCACACCAUGCCUUUCCUCCCGGAGUUCAAUGGCUUCUCCUACCUGGAGCUGAAUGGGCUGCAGAGCUUCGUUCCUGACCUGCAGGACAAAAUGUCCAUGGAAGUUGUGUUCCUGGCCAAGAACCCCAGCGGCAUGAUCUUCUACAACGGCCAGAAGACUGAUGGCAAAGGGGACUUUGUGUCUCUGGCUCUACACAAUGGUUACCUGGAGUACAGAUACGACCUGGGCAAAGGGGCAGCUGUGCUCAGGAGCAAAGAGCCCGUUCCCCUCAACACUUGGAUGAGCGUCUUGUUGGAGAGGAAUGGGCGCAAAGGGGUCAUGAGGAUCAACAACGGCGAGAGGGUGAUGGGAGAGUCCCCGAAAUCCCGUAAGGUCCCUCACACCUUCCUGAACCUGAAGGAGCCGUUUUACGUGGGGGGAGCCCCUGAUUUCAGCAAGCUCGCUCGAGCAGCCGCCAUCUCCACCAGCUUCGAUGGAGCAGUGCAGAAGAUCACCAUCAAGGGGGUUCCUGUGCUGAAGGAGGAGAACAUCCGCAGCGCCAUUGAGAUCUCCCCCUUCCGAGGCCACCCCUGCACCCAAAAACCCAAUCCAUGCCAGAACGGGGGUACCUGCAGCCCUCGGAUGGAGACCUAUGAGUGCUCCUGCCAGAGGGGCUUCUCUGGGGCUCACUGUGAGAGAGUGAUCAUUGAGAAGGCUGCUGGAGAUGCAGAAGCCAUUGCUUUUGAUGGUAGGACAUACAUGGAGUACCACAAUGCUGUGACAAAGAGCGAGAAGGCCUUGCAAUCAAACCACUUUGAACUCAGCAUCAAGACAGAAGCCACGCAGGGCCUGAUCCUGUGGAGCGGGAAGGGGCUGGAGCGAUCAGACUACAUCGCCCUUGCCAUAGUGGAUGGCUUUGUACAAAUGACCUACGACCUGGGCUCCAAACCAGUCAUCCUACGAUCCACAGUCCCGGUCAACACCAACCAGUGGAUCCAUAUCAAGGCAUCCAGGUUGCAGAGAGAAGGCUCCCUUCAAGUCGGCAACGAAGCCCCCAUUGCUGGCUCUUCUCCACUUGGUGCAACACAGCUGGACACAGAUGGGGCCCUGUGGCUGGGGGGAAUGGAGAAGCUGAGCCUGGCUCACAGGCUGCCCAAGGCCUACAGCACCGGCUUCAUUGGCUGCAUAAGGGACGUGCUUGUGGACCGCCAAGAACUGCAUCUGGUGGAGGACGCUUUAAACAACCCCAGGAUAUUACACUGCUCAGCCAAAUAGCCCCCCAGGGACCUUCCCUUCUCCUUCCCUCCCUCCUGCCUAUUGCUGUAAUUAUUUUCUAUUUUUGUAAACUUAUUGCUUUUUAUAUUUUUUGGGGUGGGAGGGGGGACAGGGAGGGGAGGAAACACCUUUUCUUUCGGGUUAUCCAUUCGGUUGCAGUCUACCCAGGUCAGUCAGACUCAAUCACAACAGCAGCAACAAAGAACAAACCUUGAACCAAGUCUCCCAAGAAGUGACAGAAGAACUUCCCCGUCGCAUUGGAAAUCUUCUUCAUACUUGAAGCUUCUUUUCGGGUGGUUUUUCCCCCCUUCUCCCUCCCCUCCUCCCUUGUGUUCUUGGGUUGUCGUUCACGCCUGUGGGGGAAAGGAUGCUGGUGCUGGCGAGCCGCGUGGCCUUCGUGGAUUCACUGCCUUCCCACCUCGGUGCCGGCUGAGCGGGGAUGCGGCCAUCAGAGAAGCAGGACUUGCCACCCUGCUUUGGUGCCUGGCCCUAUGUUCGCCCUAUCUCCCUCCUCCCUCCCUUCCUCUUCACUAUAAUUUAUGUGUGUAAGAAUCUCAAGUGCUUUUCUCCUUUAUGCUCUGUUAAAAUCAGGGAUGCCAUGCACUGGAAGAGAGACCAAGGUCUGCUCUGAGCAGGCAGAAAAGCAUUGCUCUUUGGUUGUCUUUAUGACUGUUUGCUGGACUGAGAGGGGCUGUGGGGGAAACGUGGAUUCCUCUUGUUGGCUCUCCUCCUCCUCCUCCUCUUGGACAUGUGCAGAAGCAGCUGUGAAACCUCAUUUCCACGCUUUGUGUUUAUCCAGACAUGUCCUAACCACCCGCUUGCCCUGGCUGCUCUUCCCAAGGGCUUCUAUGUACCAAGCGUUGCCCUCCCGUGCACCACUGAGAACCUGCAGCAUCUUCAAGAGGUGGACGUGCUCUCCCUCUUCCAGCCAUGCCAAACAGGCUGCGAGGGCACCACGUCCCUUUUCACUUGUUGGAUGUGUCCUUCCAUCACCCAUGUCCAUAUUCCAGCCUCCGGGCAUGACUUGCCCUGUGUCUACCCUGAGGAUGCUUCCAGCUGGCCAGCAUGUGAAUGGGUAGAGCUGGUAUUUAAGAGCCUCUCCCAUGAAGAGCAACUGGAGUUGUACCUUUGACUUCAAGGCUUUGCAAUGCAGGGUCUUCCAUGCCAUGAUCAAAGCUCCUCGGGAUGCUGCCAGCCCAGCAGCAAUAGCCUCAAUGGAAACGGGAAUGGGGCACGAGUCGGCUGUUGUGUUUGGGAGGAGGGUUUUAAAGGGGUUUCUUCCUUUCUAAAGACCUUAAAAGCAACUACUGUGGUGCCAGUUACAAAGCCAGUAUGUGUGUGUCUGAAUGAAUGUGUCUGUGAGUGUCUGUCAGCCAGCACAUUGGAAUCUCCUGGAAGCAGGAGAAGAACAAACGCAUUGAAAUGAUCCCAUUCCAUACAGGUUCCUUCUCCAUGGGAAGAAUUUACUGAUGCUGUGUAGCAUCUAUGGCCCUUUCCAUCACGGGGUCACAAAACUGUGUCCCUUUCCCACCCUGAGAUGGCAUUGCUUUGGGUGAAACCACCUUUGUGGAGCGUAUGGAAUUCAGCUGAAGGAUCCCACCAGGUAUCAAGGGUUUAUUAGCAUCAUUUUGCAGUUUCACCUUAAACGUUAGCGCACCUUUUAGUGCACCUUUAGAAUAGUGCAGCCUUUAAAAGGGCUGUUUCUUAGCACUGAAUUUUGAGCCAUGAAAAGUCAAAUUCCUUUCCUCAGGGUGAGCUCCGAACACAGAUGUAACAAAGGGGAAGAACAUAGUGAAAACCCACUUUUUCCUUCUAUUUUAUCAUUAAAAGACAUCUACCACCACCCCAAUCCCUGCCUAAUCCAUUGGCGUUCCUCUCAACAUCCAGUGAUUGAGUAUUUCACAGGGGGCUGUGCCCUCUGUGGGAUGGAGACCCCACUCUCUGUGUGCUUGUGUGCUUGUGUGCGUGGCAAUACCACAUUUUAAGUGGAUUCUGUACAUAACUUGUGGUUCCUGGUGGGAAGUGUUGUGACUGUGUCGUGAAAGGGAUGGGCUGCUUUACUUUGAUCACGAGGGGUAGAUAGAUGGGGGCUAACUAUGCAGGGUGGGACGGGAGGGAAGUGGGAGACCCUUUUGAGGACACAGGUUCUAGCUGAGCAAUGCCUUGGCUGAGAUUUGAGGGCUGGAUGCUCCAGCUCCAAAGGGAGAGGGGCACGCACAGUGGGAAGCUGCUCGUUUUCUGGAAUGCCACUGACAUGAAGCCAGGGUCACUGCAAAAACAAACACCCCCCAACCCCAACAACUGAACAAAAUCUCUGUCUGCUUUUGCUGGGGCUUGGAAAUGCCUUAAAACAGGACCUUGCGUCCUCGUUGUCAAGCAUCUUGAACCAAGGUCCGAUUCUGCAGUGCUCCCUAGGGGCUGUGCACUUAACUUCAGCUUUAUUUUUAAUAGCAUUUAUACCAUGUAUGUACAAAAAAGAACCACAAAGGACAUUGAGGUUUGGUUUUGGUUUCCUUGGGGUGUUUUGGGGGUUUUUUUUGCCUUUUGUUUUUUAAAGACAAGACGUCCACGUGGCUUCAUUUCUAGGGUAACGUAAUGACCGUUGUGAACUGCUGUAUGAAUUCUGAAGGGCAAUGCACAGUAGAGGAGCAGCAUGAUAUAACCAUUACUAACUUGUGUCUUUCGUCAAUCACCAUGAAAUAAAGUUUGACAACUAUUCAA